AUGCACGAUCUGUUUUAUUAUGCUAUGAGUCAAGAAGGUCAUUAUUGCAAAAAAGAACUCAACACUAAACCUUACCGGUCACUUAGUUUUGCUGAUAAUAGAUUGGAUAAACUGUUGAUUGAAAUUCCUAAUCGAAGAUCUGAGUCAUCAGUUUGUGUUAACGAUCGCUCCAAUUCUGCUUCACCUACUAGAAAACAACCACACCCAUAUGCAAUGCAUGCAAUGAGGUCGAUUAAUGGACAACGGCCUCGACUGCCUCAGUGGCCACCACCUGAUCCACCUCCACUAACUCCACUUAAUAUGGGAUUUAGUCGUUAUUUUUUUGGUGCAACACUUGGAGUAAAUAACACAUCACCAGUAUGGACACUUCGUCCAUGGGGACGUGGUAAUCACCUAUCCCGUCCUGUAAAUCAGAUUAUUCGUGUUAACAUCGGCAUACCAGAACUUACUGAUGAUACUCUUUUGAAUCCAACAGCAGAGCAAUCAGCCCGUAUGGUUUGGAUUGAUGCAAGUGAUGCUGUAGAGGAGAUCACAACCGGAGAAAUCGAACUUAUGCCCACACCUCAAUUAGCAUCAUUGACUGAAGUUGACGGUGCUCAGUUUGACGGCAGCGUAAGCUGUACUUCAACCUUGCACACACCCAACACCCUUCCUAAUCAUUCUGGAAGUAAUCAGACGACUGUUCAGAGUCUGUCUGAAGGAUCGUCUCACAGCUGUAUUUCAACCUCCCAUCAAUCAUUGACACAUCAAGCAACUGUAAAUGAUUCCGUUAAUGAGGAAGUGAUGUAUGGAUUAGAAGAAGAAGACAGUACUGAGUUUGUCUUAGUAAUGGAUUCUAAUUUGGAUUCUCACAUCACAUUACAUAUGAGUGAUGAAAUGCUUCUUGUAGGACAGUUGAUUUUAAAUAAUUCGGAUACUGAAACUGAAAUGACUUAUGAUUAUCCAAAUUUUUCAGGAUAA